AGGGCGGAACUAGGGAAGCUUCCGCGCAGGGGUCGGUUCGCCGGGGCCAUUCCGGCUGGUACCGGUCCAUUCUCUGGUCCUCGUCUUCAUCCUACUUGGCUUCCCCAGCUAAAACCUUCGGGCUCUGGGCAGAAAAGCAGCGGAAAAGAUGGAUUUUCCUCUGGGGUUGGUGGCUCUCGGUCUCCCUGGCCUGCAGAUGGCAGGGCUGCGCCGUGGAGCGGCUCUGUUCGCCCCUCGCCCCGCCUUUUGCGCUUGAAAAAGCGCUGAGGAACCUUUUCCGGGAAAAGACGCUGGUUCUUCCUGUGUCCGUGCCAGCCAGGUCUUGGGGCUGGGGCUGCCCUCUUCUGGAGGGUCUCUCGCAGAAACUUAACCAUCUGGGGACAAAACCCAUUUGUUUUUCAAAUUGGCAUUUCUCCUAUGGGGCUGCCUAGGAAAAGAAAAAGGAGUGCCAGUAAAGAGGACAACCAACAGUCCCCCCAGUCCAAAAGAAAUAAGAGAAACUCUGUCUUUCAGGAUUCGCAGGAUAUAAAGCCAUCAAGCAGCAGUAAUGAAAGGAGCAGCAGCAGUGUUAACAGCCCAGAGAGAGAAAGCGGACCAGAAAGCAACGUAAACCAGAUCGUUACUGAACCCAGCGGGAAUAACCCUCAGUUCUGGUGUGAAGAGUAUGCGCUGUGCCAAGGUCCUUACUCCCGCAUCAACCAGAUCUUGAAGGAGGCUCACUUCUAUAGCUUACAGCAGCGAGGACAAUCUCCAGCGUAAUGAUCCCCUAGGAGCUCCUUAUUCCAACGUAAAAUUAGUGUAUAAAAGCAAGUGCAUACCCGCAAAAGUCUGUUGUUGGCUUUUAGUCUGUAUGUUAAAUAACCAGUGAAUGUGCAACUGUUUACUUGAGGUUGGGCUGCACUGUUGCAAUUUCAGAGGGGCUGUGAAGAAAUUUUUAUGGGAUUGUGUUCAAGUUGGGUGUCCAGUUCACGUUAAGGUAGCAAUGUGAGGAAACCUCACGUGUGCACUGAAUCCAUACUAAGUCCAAUUCAGAUUAAUUUCCUAAUCUGUGAAUUAGAAACUCCUCAUCAAACAUCUUUUUACAAUGCAAGUCUUCAUUUUUUAAAAUUCAGUAGGCUGGUAAAGAGUAUAUCAUUUCCAUAAAAACAAACAACAGACCAAAAAACCACACCCCAAAACUUCUCAGUUAGUAUUUCAAAGCAUAAGAAAACUACAUUCAGUCUUGUACUGAAAUGAACUACCAUACCCCCACUCAGAAGGUAGGAGUUCUGUUGAAAUUGCUCUCUAGUUGUCGUGGCAACAAUUAGACCCAUUUUAAUCCGUGAACGUGAAAACCUCUCUCCAAGCUUUGUCUUUCCAGGGAGAAUGUUUGUUUCUAAGCCUCUUGUAUCCUCAGAUACCUCCUGUAUCGUGAAUCCUUCAGAGUGUGUUCUUUAGACUUAGUAGAAAACACUACACAAUUCCAUCAGAGAAGAAGUACAUGAUAGCGUUUUGUCAUAAAGACAAAUUUAUUAUAUCAACAGCCUGUGUAAUCUCAUGUACAAUUCCAUGUGUUAUGGCUAGAGUUGAUGCCAAUAAAGUGUAAGCUAUUAGAAUUGA